AUUAAAAUAAUUUAAGCGAAAAAAAAGCUAAACGAAAAACAUUCCUUGAAGUAUAAACAUAAGCAAUAGACAUAACCUAGAAUAUAAUACGCGCGUAACAUGGACACCUACCAGUCUGAUCCAGAGGAUAAUAGUCUGGAAGUUAUAGAGGAGGCGGAGGAGGAUGGUGAAGUUGUCACAGUUGAACGAGUUGACGAAGAUGCAGACGAUGAUGCUGCAGCCAAGAAAGUUAUAAAACCAAGACGCGCAAUAAGGAAUCCACAACCAAAGUUGAAUGCACAAACACUGCAAGGACCUCGAGGAUUGCUGGCAAUGCCUGAGCUCUUCAAUAAACAAAAGUUCAAAGGUAAAGGACAUGAAGAGCAGGACCUGAAAACACUGAUGAAGACCUACGAGUACUGGUGUCAUAGAUUAUUUCCAAAAUAUCCAUUCGAUGAGUGCAUAUCCAAAUUAGAGAAACUAGGGAGCAAGAAACCAGUCAUUACGCAGAUCAAAAAGAUUCGGAUGGGUCUUAUAGAGCCGGAAACGUUGAAGCCUAUUAGCGAGGAAAGAGAGGUGGAUGUUCCUGUGACGGAGCCAAGCAGAGCGGAAAGUCAAUUCGAUGCGUUGGUAAACAAGACAAAGAAACCAGCAGCAGAUACUAUUCAACUGACUGAAGAGCAAUUGGAGACAGUCCGUAUUAAUAAGGAGAGAGCCAUGAGGUUGAGACAGGAAAGAUUAAGGAGAUUAGAGGAGAUGGCUGAGGCUAAGAUAAACCAUCCACAAGAAAGCCAAAAACAAUUUAUAACUGAAAUUAGUAACACCGACAACGGUAAGACGGCGGAGCAUAAAUCUGAUGAAGAACCUGCACCAAGUCAAACAAUUAAACAGACGGAUACAAUGGAUUGUGAUUAAUUUAGUUUACUUAAUAUAUUUCAAGGAAAAGUUUUUUUUUGUAUUU